AAAUACGAGGCGCUCCUGAACGCAACGAGAUGGAAGGUGGGUUUUUCUCCUCAUUUUGCUCUUUUGGGGAGUGAGAGACGCGGGGAGGGGGGCAAAGCAUUUCCUUUUUUUCCAUUUCAUCACACUGAGAGCAGAAACUCAAGACUGAACUUCAAAUGAGAUCAGAUUAAAGUGAGCAGACCUGGAAGAGGAUGCUGCAAAAACUGCAACGCUUCUUAAACAACGCAAACUGGACACUAAUGGACGGAGAUAAAAAGGACAGAUACGCCAAAGUUUGACGCAAUUCUGCUCAGAGGAACCAGGAAUAGACUGGAGUGUCAUCAUGGAAGUAUUUCCCAAGGAAAUAUAGAUAUUUUCUCACUUUGUACCCGCAGGUAAUCUGAGGAAGUUGGGAAAAAAAACUCAAAGCAAGUUGUGUGAAGAAAUACAUUGUUUCCUAUGUGAGCGUGCAGAGGGACUGAAGUAGCGCAUCUUCCUUUCUUUGCAGCUGUGAAUGUAACUUUUAUCGCUUGUGAUGAAUAAGAGGAAUUUAGGAUUCUCCGGCAGACACUCCCAGUAGAAUAAAGGGGGUUUUAAGCUUCUGGAUGCGAAGACUCGUCGACGUUCCUGGACAUGGACAGACACCGAGAAGUGAAAAUGAAGAGGCCUAUGUCAUGAAAUCGAUGUGGUCGUAGAAAUGUUAUUCGGGUAAAGUCCUCGGAAACUCUUCAGGGAAGCCCAAUGAGUGGCACACAGUCAACACUCACUGACAGGACCCCAAGCAUUCUCAACAAGGACCCCACAGACAAGAAACCCAAGAAUGAGAAAUCCCCCGUCUCCCUCAAACAUGAGUUUGACCCCACAGGUCUUGUCCAGCGGUGUGUGAUAAUCCAGAGGGAUGAAAAUGGCUUUGGACUGACUGUAAGCGGAGACAACCCUGUGUUUGUGCAGCUGGUUAAAGAAGAUGGAGCUGCAAUGCGAGCUGGUGUUCAGACAGGAGAUAGGAUCAUUAAAGUUAAUGGGACCUUGGUUACACAUUCAAACCACAUAGAGGUUGUUAAGCUCAUAAAAUCGGGGUCAUAUGUAGCUCUGACAGUACUGGGGAGGCCUCCCGGGCUUCCUCAGAUCCCCUUGGAGGAGGAAGAUGAGGCGAGGGAGGAAGGGGCAGAGGUCAGCACAUCUCUCUCAGCACCCCACUCACCUGCACUGGCAGGUGGGGAGAAAUGCAGCUCCGCCACCAGCAACCCCCAGGAGCUGAUCAACUCUCUACCUGAGGGGGCUGAGAACAAAACCAUGCACAGCCAGAAGACCGAUAUCCUGCAGAGGAUGCUAACCAAGGAGCAGCAGGACUUACAGGCAAAGGAGGAGGAGUACAGCAGAAACCCUCGGCCUAAACUACUGAAGGAGAUCCAGGAGGUCAAGAAGCACAUUUCACUGCUGCAGGAGCAGCUCAGCAAAGCAGUGUUACAGGAUGGAGCCACAGCGUCUGAGGAGGGGGACAGUGGGCCUCCUCUGAGGGAGCAGCCUCUGUCUUCGCCUGGGGACUGCAGUAACGACGGGCCCUUGACCAACAAUAACUCUUUGCACAGCAGCCCCCUCCUAGAGAGUCCUGGUAAAAGAGAGACGCCCUGUCAGAGCCCCGACAUCAUCCGCAGAGACGGGCUCAACUUCUGCUCUUCACCUGACUCUGAGGAAACCCCUGACCCGGAUUCCAGUGCCCUGUGUGGUGUGGGCAGUCCUCCCUACCUCCUCCAUCCUCAGAUCAUUGGAGCAGAAGAUGACUACUUUGACUGUCCACAAGAGCAGAUUAAUGGACAGUGUAGCUCUUUUCAGAGUUUAGACUCGCUGAAGUCUCGGCCGGCUCACCUCGCCGUCUUCCUCCAUCAUGUAGUGUCACAGUUUGACCCUGUGCCUUUGCUCUGUUAUCUCUUCGCUGAAAUGCACAAGCAAACCAGUUCAAAAGAGAGCCGACGUUCCUUCAUUGAGUUCCACUCUCUUUUUAUGGAUCGAUCAGCGAAUCUUAAAGUUCCAGUCCCUGAGGCUGUUGCAGCAGAAUUGGAGAAGCGAAGGCUGGAGUUAAUACCUGAGGACGUCUGCAAACAGUACACUCAGGUGUUACAGGACACACUCCUACCAGACCUGCACAGGAACCUGGAAGACUUCAGACAGAAGCGCAGCAUGGGUCUGACUCUGGCUGGAGACGAGCUAUCCAAGCUGGACUCAGAGCGAGGAGAAAACCAGCAGGCCUUAGAGAAGGAGUGCUCCUGUGCUGAACACAUCCUCUCAAAGAUAGAGGACAUCCUGUUGACGUCACAGCCCACUGAAGAGGAGAAAUGCCAAACCAUGCAGUAUGUGAUUCUCACGUAUAUGAAGCACCUCGGGGUGAAAGUGAAGGAGCCGCGUGGCCUGGAGCAUAAAAGAGCGCGCAUCAACUUCCUGCCCAAGAUUAAGAAGAGUAUAAAGCCUGAGAAAGAGGGUGAGGAGAAGGUGAAAAGGCCUCGAUUUCCCAGCAUCCUCGGCCCACCACGACGUCUGAGCAGAGUGGAUUCAACUUCAGUUGGUAAAGCCGUGGAGAUGAACAAGCAGCGCUCACCAAAGCAGCUCCCUCAGCCAGCCUUUGGGAUCCCUGAGCAGUCGGACUCCUCCGCCUUAAACUCUGGACGUACUCGUGGAAAUCAGCUCAGCGAGAGUUCAGACACCAGCGUUUUAUCUCUGCCUUCAACCACCUCCCCCGCCCACAGCUCCCCCACCACGCUGACCUCAGAUACCAGCGGACAUGACUCAGACUCCAAUGUGUCCCCAUUCUGCAUCCAGGGUCUGCAGCCUGGAGACCACCAGGACGGCAUCUCCAGUCCUGCCAGCACUCAGUUUGACUUCAGCCCGUCUAAUCUGGAGCAGUUACAGGAGGAGGACCAGGAGGCCUUCAGGAUGGAGGUGCAGUGUGCAGUGGGCUUAGCUGACAUCCAGAGUGAAGACGACUUGGGAGGAGAGGUGGAAGGAGGUGAAGAGGAUCCUCUGAACUGGCAGAGUCUGGUCAGUAGAGGAGUCCUGGAGAGUUUAAAACCACAAGAGAUCAAACGGCAGGAAGUCAUCAACGAGUUGUUCUACACUGAGCGCUCUCACCUGCGGAGGCUGAGGGUGUUGGACUCAGUUUUCUACCAGAGGCUGAACAGAGACGGUAUUCUACCCCAAGAGGACCUCAAACACAUCUUCAUCAACCUGGAGGAAAUCAUCCAGCUGCACGUUUCUGUAACAGAGCAGAUGACGUCAAUCAGGAAGAGGACUGAGACGUCAGUGAUCGGUCAGAUCGCAGAUGAUCUCAUGGCGUGGUUCAGCGGGGAGGAAGAGGAGAAGAUUAAGAAAGCUGUGGGAGCUUUCUGCAGCAACCAGCCGUCUGCACUGGAGCUCAUCAAGAGCAGGAAGAAGAAAGAUCAGAAGUUUGCUUUGUUCAUGCAGGAAGCGGAGAGUAACCGUCUGUGCCGCAGGCUGCAACUUAAAGACAUCAUUCCUGUAGAGAUGCAGAGAGUGACCAAGUACCCACUCCUACUGGACAACAUUGCUAAGUACACAGAGGAUGGAGAGGAGAGGGAAAAAGUGAGGAAAGCUGCAGAAUGUUGCAAAAAGAUCCUCAACCACGUCAACCAGGCCGUCAGAGAGGCUGAAAACAAACAGAGGCUGGUAGAGUAUCAGAGAAGGUUAGACAUCUCCUCUCUCAAACCGAGUGAAAACCCUGUGAUCCUGGAGCUGAGGAAUUUGGACCUGACCAAGAGGACGAUGGUGCACGAGGGGCUGCUCUCCUGGAAGGUCAACAAAGACAAGACGAUCGAGCUGUACACGCUGCUGCUGGAGGACAUCCUGGUUUUGCUGCAGAAACAGGACGAGCGUCUGGUCCUCAAAUUCCACGGCAAAAACCCGACCAGCGCUGCCGACACCAAACACAUCUUCAGUCCUGUCAUCAAACUCAACACAGUGCUGGUUCGUCCGGUGGCAACUGACAACAAGUCUUUCUUCGUGCUGUCCAUGUCAGAGAACGGAGCUCAGAUCUACGAGCUGAUGGCUCAGACGGUGUCCGACCAGAGAACGUGGCAGUGUCUGAUCACACAGUGUGCAGACGCCAUGAAGGCCAAACCUCACAGCAGAGACAAGCCUGCGGCUCAGACAGAUGCUGAGCGAGACGCGAUCGAGAUCAUCAAACACGGGUUGCCCAAGGUGAGCAAAGAUCCUGGAGGCACAUCAGAUGGAGGCAUCAACUCUGCAGAUCUUGCGUCUCAGUGCAUCCCAGAAAAAGACGAUGCCUCUUCUCCAGAGCUUCAGCCUCCACUGAGUACCAACCCGUUUGACGGCAUGAAAUCAGAGGAUGAAGAAGAGGAGCCACCCUCGGCAGACAGACAGGAGGAAGAGGAGGUUGAUGAAGAAAUCGAUGAAGCAGAGCUGGAGGCUUUCCUGGACGGGCAGCUGGUUGACGGUCUGCCCUUCCUGCAGAAGGAGUCCCCUCAGGGUGUCGUGGCUGAAAGCCAAGAAAACAACACAUUUGAGGUUCCCUCCUCCAAAGGUGAAGAGGCUCUCAGGACAUUGUCGAUGCUGAAGCAGGCUCUGUUCAACCACAUGAUCAGCAGAGAAAUGGGAGAGGAGGCAGAGGAGAGCAGGCAGAGUGCGGCCCCUGAGGGUCAGCUGAGUGCCUCUUUACCCGGGAGCCCAGAGGGACCGUCUGUAGCGGUUGAUGAGAGCCAGGCCUCUGCUGGUCCACAGAGAGACCCCUCAGGAAUCACAGGGACACCUGAGACACCUCAAAGCAAUGGUGGAUAUGUGGUUCUGGAUUUCUGCGGGGGCUCUGAGGAGAGCGGCACCGAUGACGACGGGGGAGUGGGAGUCGACGUGGGGAUCGAUAUGAGCAAACUGCUCUCCUCCUCCUCGCAGACAGGAGGCGUCAGCGGCCCCAACCUCAGCAGGCAGCUCAUGACUCACCUGCGCCUCCUGCAGGCCGACCUGCAGUAUCUAAAGGAGGUGGAGACGAAGUACAACGAGCUGAGACAGACGCACAGUGACCCUGAAACAGACUCAGAAGACAACAAUGGUUUGACGGAUGGGAUCCAGUGAUCAAAGACCUCCUUCUUUCUUGGCAUCAUGAGCCAAGUUUAAUGUCACUCCGUAAGUUUCCUCCGGGUUAUUUAACACUGAUGUUGCUCCGACAACAGAAGCUGGAUGUCUGAUCACUUCAGGCAUGUGAAGACUUUCUCGUCAUUAUCAGGACUGCUCCACUAUAGACUCAGACUCAAAAUCCCCCUGAGGAGAGAUACUGUGGAAUUACCCAAGGGCAGUUCAGUCCAUCUUUGCUCUAAUAAUGUUAUUAUUACAUGCAUAAAUUAUCGUAAACACUGGAGAAGCAUAAUGGAAGAAGACAAACUGUGGACGUGGUGCAGCAGAGGAGCAGGACUGUGAGCAGGAGGACUCUCUGAGGAUCAAGACGUUGGAUUUUCUUGAUCAGGACUCACUGCUGUAAGCUUGAUGUUCAGUUCUGCAAUACUAAACACUUUUAGAAACACUUUUUCACAUUUCUAACCUAGCUUGCUGAACGGGUGAACAUGCUGAAAGACAGUCGUCUAUAUUUUGUAACAGCACUGAAAGGUGAACUUUUAUUACCAGAAUCUCCUCUCGUCAUGUUUCCAGGGUCUGUAACAUUUGCAGAAAUUAUUCAAAAGGCUGUAAGAUCCCUAAAACGACUAUUAUAUAUCAGGUUGUAUGUUUUGUAUUGAUUGUCUUCAGCCUAGCAUAACAUACAAAUACAAUCAAGGAGGGUCAGCAAACCUAAAUCAAAUCACACAGCGCAAACUUCAACUGCCUGUAUCUUGUUUGCUUCACACUCACAGAGAUGUUCAAAUGGUUUAGAGGUUUUCAGUGGUUGCACUCAUUCAUUAAACAGCGUGUGCUAACUUUGCUCUAUAUCUGCACAGACAGAAAAACUGCUCCAUGUCAGGAAGACGAUUUAUCAGUAAGUUCUGUAUGAAGCCGCACAUCUUUUGAACCUUUUAAGUCACAUUUUUGAACCUUGCGACAACUGAGCAAACUUUUUCAAUUCAGUACCAGUCUUUAUGCUAAGCUAGGCUAACCAUGUCUUGAAUCCAUUUCCAUAUUUAAUGCACAGAUACAGCAGUUACUACAGCAAUCUGAAUUUCUAACUCACUUUUGAACCUUGGACGCGCCCAUGCUGGCUGUUCAAUGCUGAGCAAAAGCAUAUCUCUUAAAAUCAGCAAGUUCUCCUUCAGGCACAUGAAUUCUAUCUUUAAUAAAACAUCCCUCAGCACGUGUAGAAAUGUAUUUCUUGUCCCAGUUGAUCAAACUAAACAACUUAAUUUGGCACUACCUACAAAUUUAUAAUAAUAAUAAGUGAACUGGUUGACUUACUUUUGCUGUCUGAGAAAAUGUCAUUUCUAUGAACCUGUUCAAAAGCUGUCCAUAAACCUACAGUUUUAAAAUUUCCUGUAGCACUUGAAUGCAGCAUAAUAAAGCAAACACACAAAGCUAGACCCAGAUGAGCUCUGUCUACAGCUCAUGAUAUCUUCAUGACUUUAUUAUGAGUUUGUUGCCAUGCAGUGAGGAAACAGAGUUUGUAAACCCUGAAACAGGUUUUCUGUAUUUGUUGUUUGUUUUUCCACGAGGAGGAGAUUUCUGCAGCUGUAACAAAGAACAGAUUUUCACUGUGUGCCACUUCUGAUGUUUUGCUGGUGCUGCACAUCACAUCACACUCUGUACACCACCAGCUCUUCACAGUUUGCAGCAUGUCUUUUUUUGUUUAAAUUGAUUGUAAAUGUAUUUCCCUUCCUCUGUCUUUAAUGAUAAACUAACCUGAGUGCCAUUUUUUACCUCUUUGUACAUCAUGAAUCACUAAAAUAUUUCAUCUUAA